AUUGGUUGCUGUGAGCUGUUUUGGGUGCAACCUGGAUCGCCUUUCACCUGUGCGUCUGUUCCCACGCCCUGUGUGCGUGCGUCCGUGUGUGUGUGUGCAUAAAAGCCUCGCUCUGCUUCCCCCUUACCUGUCAUUAAAAAUGGCAGCUGCAGCUACUAUCUCGGUGGAUGAGGACCACUUCUGCUGCCCCGUGUGUUUGGAGGUGUUGAGGGAUCCGGUGACUAUUCCCUGUGGCCAUAGUUACUGCAUGGAGUGUAUUAAAGGCUACUGGAGGAAAACUGAGCACAAGUCAGGUUACACCUGCCCUCAGUGCCGGAGAGGCUUCACCCCGAGACCUGCUCUGGCCAGGAACACGGUGCUGGCAGGUCUGGUGGAGAAGCUGAGGGAGAAGCUGAGGGACGCCGAGAUCCAGGAGGCUCCUCCUGAUAAAAUGAUUGAAGUGGAGUGCGACGCGUGUCAGGGGAGAAAGCGCAGAGCUGUGAAAUCAUGUGUGAAGUGCUUGGCCUCCUAUUGCGAGACUCACCUCAAACAGCACAAGACACACAAACUAACCGACGUAACCAGACAACUGCACAAGAGAGUGUGUAAUCAGCAUGGCCGGCUGUUCGAGCUUUACUGUCGCACAGAUCAACAGCUCACCUGCCCUCUUUGCGUGACGGACGGACACAGCGGACAUCACACAGUGCCAGCUGUCGAGGAGAGGACUGAAAAGCAGAGGCAGUUAGAAGAGGCCUUGAGAAGAUCGAAACAGAGGAGCAAGGAGAAAGAGAAGGAGCUUAGGAAUAUCAUGAAAUACCUCAAGCGCUCAGCACAGGCCGUGGAGGAAGACAGUGAGAAAAUCUGCACCAAGCUGCUGCGCUCCAUCGAGAGGAAACACUGCGAGGUUAAGGAGCUGCUCAGAGCUGAAGAGAGAGCCGCACUGGCCCAAGCUGAGGGACUGCUCGAGCAGCUGGACCAACAAACUGAAGACACCAGGAGGAAAGAAGCCGAGCUGGAGCUGCUCUCACACACUGACGAUCAUAUCCACUUCCUGUUGAAAUGCAAGCCCCUUUUCGUUCCUGCUGAUCCUGAUGAGCUGCCCGGUGUUGACGUCCACCCAUACUUCUCACUGAUGGUCCUGAGGAGAGCCAUCACAGAGCUGAGAGAGCGAGUGAACGAUGUGUGCGACAGGGAGUUAGCCAGGAUCUCGGAUUUAAUUAAAGAUGAGCAGAGUCUGUCGGCUGAAAGCACUUCCCCUGUCCCUGUAUGUCCUGAAAUAGUUUCUCCUGUGAAAAGUGUGGACCAAACACAAAGCGAGCCAAAGACCAGAGCCGACUUUUUACAGUUCUGCUGUGAGGUGACGUUGGACCCAAACACUGCCAACUCCUACCUCUGCCUUUCAGAGGGGAACCGGAAGGUCAGCACCUGCUACGAGUCCCAGUACUAUCCGGAACAUCUGGAGAGAUUCAGUGGCUGGGCUCAGGUGCUGGCCAGGGAGGCCGUCUCCACGCGCUGUUACUGGGAGGUGGAGUGGAGCGGCAGUGGUAGGAUCGGUAUCGGAGUUUCUUACAAAGGGAUUAACAGGCAUGCUGGGAGCACUGACGGAAAACUGGGCUGCAAUUCCAAAUCAUGGAUUUUGAACCUUUCCGAUGGCCAUUGUACAUUUCAGCACAAUAAAACCAAGCUGGAGAUCCCAUCUCCUAUUUCAGCCAGGAUAGGAGUGUAUGUAGACCACAAGGCAGGGAUUCUAGCCUUCUAUUGCAUCUCUCCGAGAAGGGACUCUAUGACCUUGCUGCACAGGAUACAGACGACUUUCUCCCAGCCUCUGUACCCCGGAUUUUGGCUUGGCCUUGGUUCCACACUCAAACUGUGCUCCAUACUUAACUUCACAGCUUAGAGAAGGGGGAAUCCACAAAGCAUCUUAUGCUAGCAAGUGGACUUGUGGUACCUUUACUAUUUAAAACCAAAUGUGUUCAGAUUUACAUAGGAGACUGGUCUGGCCAGGUCGUAUUCCUGAACUGACCCACAGGCUAGAAAACCAAGAAGUGAAUAAAAGUAUUAUUUGAAGGUAAUCAGUAAGCUUAGGUAGCUAACUGAUGUAAACAUGACAGCUGUUUAAACUUGGCAACUUGCAUGAAUUUUGCAAGAUCUGACAGCAUGUUUACCAAGUAGCCAUAAUCAAAGCCAUCCUAGAAGAAAUCCCAUUGGUGAAAAUUGAUGACAGAUAUAAGGUGCAGUUAAAGAUAUUAGGUGCAAUUAACAUCAGAUUUUGGUCCAAAUCUAAAUUGAAAAACAUCAGAUUUAAUGUGAUUUUUGUUGUUCACAUGGCCAUAAAAAGGAAAUCUAUAUAAUAUAUGAAGGAGAAAAGCCUCAGAUUUGGGUGAGGCAUGAAACUAAAAAAAAUUAUCAGACACCAAUAUGAAAAGGCUCAUGUCUUCAAGGACAAACAUCAUGCCACUCAUUCAACGAGCUUCAUCAGUUGUAUUAAGAUCCGACACCAUGUUUACCACAUAGUCAUAACCAAGGCCAUCUGGAAUUCCCAUCGGCGCAAAUUGAUGACAAAGAUUAGAUGCAAAUGAAUGGACAUGAAAGUCAAUACUUUUGACCUGAUCAUUCAUCUUGAAGUUGCAUUGCCAUGCAUCAGAUUUCAGGAACAGCUGUGGUCCAAAUCAGAACUGAUUUUCUUUCACACAGUCAUAAAAAAAGGAAAUCUGUAUCACAUUUGUGGGGGGAAACAACUCAGAUUUCAGUGAAGUGUGAAAUCAUAAUAAAUAUCUAACUAACCUUAACAGGCUAAUCUCUUUAAGAAUAAACGUCUUUUCGCCUUGAAGAUGUUUUGCCACGCCAGAGGUGCCAACAUUGCUAAGAAGAAAA